AUUAAUUCACUACCCUGAUAUGCUUUUAUAGAAUAUUCUGUAAAGAGUGUUACAGUAAUGUUUGCUGGUUAAACCUUAAUAUGUCGGUGGCGGAACGAAUUCUAAAUGUCAAGAAGUAUUCGCUUGAUGAAGAUUAUAAAGUUAACUCGGAGAAUGUUCUAGGACUCGGAAUAAAUGGUAAAGUGGUUGGCUGCACAAAUAGAAAGACCGGGCAGAAAUGCGCUUUAAAAGUUCUUGUGGACAGCGACAAAGCAAGAAGAGAAGUUGAUCUUCAUUGGAAAGCAUCUGGUUGUCGACACAUUGUGUGUAUAUGUGAUGUCUAUGAGAAUGUCUUUCGAGAAAAAAGAUGUCUCGUUAUCAUUAUGGAAAGGAUGCAAGGAGGCGAAUUAUUCAACCAAAUACAGGAACGAGCGGAGUCCGCAUUCACCGAACGAGAAGCAGCAGAAGUGAUGCGCGACAUUGGAAGCGCGAUUAAAUAUCUCCAUGACAACAACAUCGCACAUAGAGAUGUCAAACCCGAGAAUUUACUUUAUUCUUCAAAAGGGGCGGAUGGGAUUCUUAAACUUACGGACUUUGGUUUUGCGAAGUUGACGACCAGUAAUAAAUCGCUCAACACCCCGUGUUAUACACCUUACUAUGUUGCCCCUGAAGUGCUUGGUCCUGAACAUUAUGAUAAAUCUUGUGAUAUGUGGUCUAUAGGUGUCAUUAUGUAUAUCCUAUUGUGCGGCUUCCCACCUUUCUACAGCCACCAUGGGUUAGCCAUCUCCCCAGGAAUGAAAAAGCGGAUCCGAAACGGACAAUAUUCAUUUCCUGAUCCUGAAUGGAGUGCAGUGUCAGAGGAAGGCAAGACUCUCAUCCGUAAACUGUUAAACACCGAUCCACAGAAGCGAAUCACGAUUAAUGAGUUUGUGGCUCAUCCUUGGGUGUCGGGAGUGAGUGUUGUCCCACAAACACCAUUGUUCUCGGCUCGUGUGUUGAGAGAAGAGGAAGCUCAAUGGCCCGAGGUUCAGGAUGAAAUGGCGAAUGCAUUAGCUACGAUGAGAGUCGACUAUGAUCAAGUUACCCCCAUGAAAAAAUUGGAACAUGCCAAUAAUAAACUGCUUCAAAAGCGAAAUAAGAGAGCAAAGUCCAUUGAGGGAGUUAAGUGAAAAUAGAAACAACAUUUUGAUGGCUUUGUGUCAUCUGUUUUAACCCUAGGUCAUGGUGAUCUUCUUAUUUUAGAUUUUGGACCAAUUUAAUCGAAUUCAGAUUAAUUUUCAAACAUUAAACUGUGAAGGUUUUUGUUUUAAUUUUAAACUGACUUUAUCAUGACUUGGUUAUUGUGAUGUCAUUCCUAGCUUUGUUCUUGUAACAAUUUCUUUGUUAUGUCAUGAUUGUCACAAUUGUUCACUAAAUAAUCACUUUUGUUACAUAAAUAUCAAAGGUGUCUCUCUAGUGCCUUGUGUGGUCAUAAACAUCUUAUAUAACGUAUAAUUUAAUUCUUGAACUUUAGGUUUUAGCCAUUUUUAAUUUAUACUUGUUAAUUUUAACGCAAAAUCUGUUGUAAUUUAUAUCAUGGUGAUCGCUGACCACACUUGUGUGUUUAUUUCACCCGUUAUCAUUGUGGUAGCAUCUAAUACAGGCUACCAUAGGCUCCAAACUUUUUAAAACACAGGGGAGGCAGGGAUGAUGAUCCCCACCAACUUUUCAACAAAUUUUGAUUCCAAUGUUUACUCAUUUAUGCAAAUUUCGGUAAAAAAAUGUAAAAUUUGUAAGAAUUUUGGUAAAAUAAAACCCUGCCUCCCCAGGUUUGGUGCCUAUGCCAGCUACACCAUAACAACCAAUCCAAAAGUGGGCAAAGUUUGGCUCAAGUUUGUUUUAUGGUUGAAACUCAUUUAUGACUGUAGAGUUAUAGUAUAAUGGGGGAAGAUGGGGCACAUAAUAUCUAAAUAUUCUGUUUUAAAACAUUAACAACGGUCUAUGGGAGUUGUAAGGAUAAUAUUUGAUAAUUCUUUAAAUGUUCUUUGUUCACUACCAAACAGGACAAGAAAAUAGAAUGAAAAGGUGUCCCAUCCUUCCCCCACCCUACUAUAUGUUUUUACACUAUUUCUGUUCCUUAAAUCUUUAUAUAAGAAAUCAUUGACUACCAGCUUUAAUUGGCUGAUGCGCACCGUUAUAUUUUAAACAAUACUUCUCUUGGCCCAAAACUAUGUCACCUUUCGAUAAUUUAGUCGCUUUCUACAGUGAUCCACGUUGACUGUUGUUGUAAAAGUUAAAGCAUUUUUACUGCACGGCUAAAAAGUUGUGUGAAAUGUAGUUUUACAGCGGUGAUUUACCAAUUUAUUUUACUUGUGGUUUAGUUGCAUGUCAACGAAGGUUUGAUCUUUUCUUUUUUUCCAAACUCUGAAACAGCAAAUUCUAAAUGCACCUUAAUCAGUGUGCCAAACAUUGUCUGGAAUCAUGUCGCUUGUGCAGAUUGCAUCUAUCCUAUUUUGGUGCAUUCCAUUUUAAUAUGAAAUGCAAUGGUGAUUAUGAUGUCAUAAUAUGCAUUGUGUUGUCACAUAGCUUGUAUAAUUUUAUGUUUAAUUAUUUUAUGCUCAUCUUCUGUAAAUAAAUGAAAUAAACUGAGCUAAUAUAUAA